AAUGGCAGAUGUGGCCAUUGGCUGUGCUGCUUAAUCCAGAAUGCUGGGUUUGAUACAAGUCGGAUUUAGUCAUAACUAUGAUACCAACAUCUGUCAGGAGAGCGUCCCGAGCUCUCAAAGUCAGAACAGAAGCAAAACGGAAUAUAUAUUCUAUUUUUUUUUACCUCUCCGUGUCGAUCAGGAGUAGAAGGAAGCGUGACUGAUUGACCCUGAGGUAACAGCCGGUGAGGUGGAAGCAUGGGCAAGGCCGGGAGUAAAGUCCUCAGGGAGGCCUCUGUGGAUGGCUUACAAGCGCAGGUAAAGAGACAACUCCUCCCGUCGCUCCCGCUGCCCCCAUCGCUCCUGCUGCUCCCGCUGCCCCUUCUCCGACUGUCCAAUUCCAAGAUAGCACAAAAACCAAGAAGAUGAAGGUGAAAUGGACCCAAGUGGGUUUGGUGUUCUUCCUGGUCCUGUCAGUGGUGAUGACAGGAUGCUUCUUUUGGCAAUAUCAGAUUCCAAAGAUUCAGCCAGAUGAAGUGCUGGGUCGCAACUCCAAAUCAGAGAUAAGGUGUCCCCGCUUCCCAGAGCCUCUCCCGCUGCAGCAUCCCAUUCCCAGUCUGAAAGAUGCUCUGGAAAAGGUGGAUGUUUUGCUUCGCCACAGCAUCAAUCCCAUCAGCCUCCCCGCUCUUUCAUCUAUUGUCAUUCUCAACGACACUGUUUUGUGGACCGGCAAUUUUGGCAAAAGAAACAGCUCAGACGCAUUUUCGGGACCCCCCAAUGAGUACACCAUCUACAGAAUUGCCAGCCUAUCCAAAAUCUUUCCCACUUUAAUGUUGUACCGGCUGUGGGAGGAGGGAAAAAUCAGCUCCUUGGAUGACCCUCUGGAGAAGUAUGUGGAGAACUUCACAAUCAAGAACCCCAUGGGGAAGACACGGGACUCUGAGCUCAAAUACGUGACAGAUGGUUUGAUCUUUCUGGACAGUGGCGAGGUUCCCAUCCGCUCCUCCUCAGUGACGCUGCGCAGGAUGGCCAGCCAGCUCUCUGGCUUGCCCAGAAGACUCAGAGCCACAAACCUCCUUUGGAAAGGAAAAACUCAAUCUGCGAUAAACCUCUUGCAAGAUGACGUACUCGUGGCCGACCCCGGAACCAAAUGUCACUACAGCAACCUGGCCUUCUCGCUGCUGGCUCACGUGAUGGCCGAGCGUGUGGUCAGCGUGGACUACCAGCGCUGGAUCACAGACAACAUCCUGGACCGUCUGGGCAUGGAGGACACCGGCUUCGACAUCACACCGGGCCUCCAGGGUCAGGUGGCAGUGGGUGUCUACUCCAAUGGAAAGCCCGCCCCGCUCUAUGACUUGGGCUGGUACCGACCGUCAGGCCAGAUGUUCUCUACCGCGGCGGAUUUGGCCAAGCUCGCCAUGAUGCUGCUAGGAGCUUAUCACCGCAAGCUUCUGGAGCCUGACUCCUUGAAGAUUAUGCUCACACCUCUCUUCAGGUGCGAUAAGGACUACUUCGCCAACCGCACAGGGACGCCGUGGGAGGUGAAUGAGCUGCUGGGAUAUGAGGUGGUCCGUAAAGACGGUGAUCUGGACGGCUACUCGGCCACGUUCUCCCUAGUGCCCCGAUUAAAGCUGGGCCUAGUGGUGCUGAUGGCUGGGAGCAGGUCCCAGAAGCAGGAUGUGGUGGCCAAAGUUUACCAGCAAAUCAUCCCUGCUGUAGAAAAUGCCUUCAGGGAGGCCAAGAGGGUGCUUGUUGCACCCCCAAACCCAGAAGCCUAUGUGGGUUUCUUCACCUACAGCAACAUCACCUUCUAUGAGAUCAAAGCCGGGUCGGACGGUGUUCUGAUCAUGCAGCAGUUUGGCCCUCAAAUUGAAGAGCUGAUUCCAGAAAAGUACCGGACGAUAAAGCUCAACUACCUGGUGGAGCGUGUCUUCAGGGUGGUGUUCGAAAGGGAGUACCCUUGCGUUCUCAGAGUCAGUUCGGCCUCUGUGUCCUUGGAGGCCCAAGAUGGACAAUUAUUUAAUUUCUACACGUACGACAAGCGAGGCUUGUCGCCCGGUUUUGACGCGCCGGGGCUGAACACGUACAAUGUGGUGCGUAUAGCCCGCAAGCCGUCCUUCUCCAGCUGAGUUUUGGCGAUGUGGUCAGCUGAGGAGACGCUGUGAGCAGACAUUGUAGCAGAUGGACAUAUUUACAGAGAAAGCAUAAUAUUCCCAUAGCUGUAUGCUGUCAUUUGAUGAAAGUGAGUCAUUUCUCUGCUUGUCAGUGUUCUCACGUUGGUGCAUCAUUUUUUCUCCUGCCUGCACAAAUGCUCUUUUUAUUUCCUUCCUGAUGUCAUUACUUAGCCCUUUUGAGUCUUCACAAGAAGACAAACGUGUUUUUACCACCACUGACUGCAUGUUGACGUUCUUUUCACAGUUAGUUGUUGUAAAGUACAGUUCCAUCUUUUUAUUCUUAUUCUUUCCAUUUGUGUCAGUGAAAAAAUAUUUUGUAUUCUAUCACAUUUGCAUUUUAUACCCACCCGCCAGAAUAAUAGGUACAUUCAAACGAGAAGAGCUGGGUUGAAAAGCGUUCCUUUACAAAGAUAAUAAUGUGUUUUUGGGGUUUUUUUACAUUGUCAGAGAGUGUUUAUUCCCAUGUGAUGCCCAUAUGAAUUAAUGUAAAGUGACGUAAUCUGUUCCAGGGUCAAAUCGUGACCAUCAAAUGUAUUUAUUAACAUUUAUUAACUGUGUAAGCAAUGUUUCAAGCAGCAUUUUGGCAUCAUGUGUCAAAAGAAAUUUGAAAGAGGCAAGAGAGAAAUGACUGCUUCUGCUGGAGAGGUGAGUCUCUUCACAUUCACGCGAAAAGCGGCUUACUUUGGGUUGUGCUGGUGUACAGGUGUACCUAAUGUUGUGGCCCGGUGAGGUGUUUAUUAUACUGGUGGCAGCUCAUCUCAUGUUUUUAUGCCUUGUGUAAAAAUGUCGGUAAGAGUAUUUAAACGCUAAAUGACAUGACAUGAAUGUCAACAACCACGCACUGGCUUGUGUGGAACAUUUUUGGUGAUUUAACUGAGGUCCCUUUGCGCUCUUGUGGCUCUUUGCAGCGUAAUCCCUGAAAAUGGACUCCAAUUCAUUCUGACCUCUUAACACGGCGGGGGAUUAUUCAUAUAAUACGCUGUUGCACAGGUUGGGGCACGCAGAAGGAACUGGCAGCCCCGACAGGACAGAAAUAGCUCUCAUGAUGCAAACACUUACAGUUAACCUUGUCCGUUCCACUGGUCCUGGAAUUGAAGAUUAAAAAGGUUGGCCUUGAUCCGAUGUUCUUCACUCGAGGCAAAAAUGUUCAUUGUUCCCUUGCAAGGCCUGUUGUUUGUACAGUGCAACAUUUACACAAUGCAAUCAGAAAGAGAAGAAUAGAAUUAAGAUACAUUCAAAUGUCAAGGACAGCAGGAACAAAACGCAUCACAGAGAUGCUUGUUGAAUCAGGAGCCAUAAUAGCAUAAAAGUUACCUUUCGGCAGAAUGGACAUUUAUUGAUGGAGCCUUUCAGCAGCACAAGUCCCUCAGUCACGUGUUAAACUGCAACAAACAUGUACACUUAAAUCGCCACAAGACAAAACAAGCUCACAGUGAAACAUUACUUACAAGAGGACUUCCCUUUGUAUGCUUUUUUUUCCCCAACAAGGAACAAGUAUCAUGACGUUAUUUGACAUUAUUGUCCGAUUGGAUCUGGCUUGUUAGCAGGCAGGUGAAAUAUGCAAGCAACGUCAUUACAUUAGGCAACACAAAGCAAAAAAACGCUCUUCUGAGUAAUUGUAAAGGGGAGUCAGCUCAUGAACAACAAGCAGGAAAGUAGUGCUUUGACUCUAGUCUUUGGAGUCAAAACUGCUGAGUUUAUGAAGUUCAUCUGGCACCCUUUUUGUUUGCAUUUGUUUGCAGUUCUAAUUUUUCUAAUCUGUGUUGGUAAUUUCUGUGCGGAGUAUGUUCGAACUGUUGUGCCUGUGUUUGCGUGUUUAUUCUCCAGCUACUCUGUCUUUCUCCCGCAGUCCAACAACAUAUUGGCUCAGUGAGACGACAGAUGACAACAUGCAUUCCAGGCCAGUAGUUGGCGGCGUCACAUUGUGAAGAAAAACUAAAACGGUCACUGAAAUACUGUUUAUCGGCAUGUGGACGAAUGCUUUGGUAAAUAAGGUGCCACAUUAGCAAAAUGCACACUUUCCUGGAGACAUGUUAUAAGCACAAAUGCUUCAAGAAAAGGGCUGUGUUCCGCCAUUGUUUUGUUUUUUGACUGUCAAGUACAGAACACUGUCUGAGUGGUUAGCAUGUUGGCCACACAGUCAGGAGAUCGGGAAGAUCUGGGUUCAAAUCUCCGCUUGGGCAUGUGUGGAGUUUGCAUGUUCUCCCCGUGCGUGCAUUCCUCCCACAUUCCAAAAACAUGCAUGUUACGUUAAUUGACGACUCUAAGUUUUCCAUAGCCAAUGGCUGUUUGUCUCUGUGUGCCCUGCGAUUGACUGGCGACCAGUCCAGGGUGUACCCCGCCUCUCGCCCAAAGUCAGCUGGGAUAGGUGCCAGUAUACCCCCGUGAUCCUAAUGAGGAUAAGUGGCAUAGAAAAUGAAUGGAUGGAAGUGCAGAACACGUAACAUGCAAAUCCAUUUUAACAGAUCAUCGUUUUUUAGCAAUUGAACAAAAAACAUUAAAACUUACGGUACAGCCAUUUUCAGUUUCUGAUGUCUAUGUGAACAAACGGACUAUAUGAACAUAUGAACAAACGGACAAAAUAAAAAAAAUUCAGUUAAAUAGUCUCAUUUGCAUGGCCCCUUAAUUGUCUUCAAUGUUUACAAAAGGUCUUCAGCCUUGGUAGUGUGUCUUUUAUAGCCUCUUUCACACAGAGAUCUUUCAACACAACAGGACGUGAAAAGUUACAGUUCAGUGUGAAACUUCCAACCCCUGUUGCGGCAUUGCACGUUUCCCUUUCACACAGGCACCAGCCCACCUUUGUUACAGCUCUUAUUCGACACAGAAAAGCGACAUGCUAAAAAUCCGAGAAAAAAACUGACGUUUAAGGGAAGUGUGAAAGGGGCUGAUUGUGUGUGUCGGCCUGUGAUUGACAGUUGUUUAGAUCUUUUUACAUUGUUUACAAAGUGUUUACAAUAAUUUUGUCAAGCUGUUGCAGCAAUAUCCCACCUGAGCUGGGUUCUGUGUAAAAGGCAAAGGUGCGUAAUGUAUUUCUGAUGCAGCUAUUUUGCAGGAUCCCUGUGUGAAACAGGCCACAUCACUACCAAGACAGUAUACCACCUGUUCUAACGACAUGUCAGAACACCGAGGUCCUGUGGGCCGUCUCCUCACAUGGACGUGUGGCGUCAAAGCCUCGUGUCGUAGGAGGAGACAAUAAGGGGAUGAGUGAGUUGGAGUUCUGCUCCACAAUCUGGGCCAUGGCGAUGGAGGGAACCGGUAGAGUCUUGGGGAGCGGCGGCGAGCCUCGUUCCGAGUAGCUGUCCUCCAUCUGGGAGCACACAAGCUCCCGGAAGCACUCCCGGAAUCGCGUGGAGAUCAGGCUGUAGAUGACCGGGUUGACCGCCGAACUGAGGUAGAAGAGGACCCCUGACAGGAUGUGCACGUACUGGUAGAUGUUGUGCAUCAGGUCAGUCCACUGGUGGAUGGAACUCCACAGCAGGCGCUCCACAUGAAAAGGUGCCCAGCAGACACCAAACACUGCAACCACGAUGGCUGGAGGGGACAGCAGAGAGAGACAAAGGCUACUCUCACAUUCAUACGCAGAGUUUCCCCCCUGAAGAAUUGCCACCUUAUUGUGGUCACGGGGGUUUGCAUGCCUCAGUGACCCUCAGAGCUAUCCUAGCAGGAGCUGAGUCUUCAGGUGGGACACCCAAGUUGGACAGGUUUCAGGGUGGAGGCCUGACAAAGUGCGGUCCACUUCUCCAGGUUGGACACACAACUAACAAUUCAUGCCUUGAACAAAACACUGUCAUCAAAAAAAAUAUAUAUGCCCCCCUUCACAUUCCCGACUGACCCACCCCACCCAACACCUCCCACCCCCCAUGUGUGCAUGCCUACAAGCGGCCCUGCUCCACAAAAACGAAACAAACAUUAGCUAAUCGCAGUCGUCCGGCAUGUUUGCAUGUUUGAUUUUUUUGCCUUUAAGGUUGGACGCCCUGAACUCCAAGUGGAAAUUUAAUGUGGGUAGACAAGAAUGAUGUAUCCCACCAGAUAUACUUUCUCAAGUACAGUAUUCAAAUAUACAAGUGGACGCACAGUUAAGAAUAGUGGCUUUAGAGGAGAUGGUGGUCAACCACAGUUUAAUUAACCCUGAAAAUUGCUGUUUGGCUCAUUUGGGGCUUUAUGGUUAUUUUUACUGAAAAACAAAAAAUGCGUUAACAUUUUGCUCUCCUGAAGAGUUUGGAUGUCGGGAACGCCUGUAAAAAGUAGCGAAUUCAUGAGGGAAGACAACCACGAUGUAUCCCGCUGGACAUCUUGAUGUUUACAUGACUUUUACAUGAAAACUUUUCAUACUUUUUGUCUCAUUUUGGGGUCCUCAGAUUCUGUAUUUAAACACUAAAAUUGGUAUUAUUAAUUUCUCCUGAAAAGUUUCGAUUUAAUAGGGCAAGACCGCCACAGUGUAUUCAACUGGACACCUCAUGGAUUUUCUCAUGUAUUCAAACACACAAGUGGAGAAGUUGGUGAAUAAAGUGUUCAUAAAGGCUUAAACAACACUGAUAUUAUAUUUCCAACUGUCCAGCAAGAAAGGCAACUCACAGAGCAUCUUGACUAUUUGCAUCCGCCGACCGCCCUCCUCGUGGAUUUUGACUCGGGAGUCGCCCCUCCACUUCUUCCCGAAGUUGCCGCUCCGCCGCCGCCUCUCCCUGACCAAGUGAAGGCCCAUGACCAGGUACAGUACACUGAUCACCAUCAUGGGCACGAAAAAGAAGCAUACGGUGGUGAUCUGCAUCAGCAUGUUGUAGAUCCACAGGGGCUUCACCACCGCGCAUAUGGCCGACUCCCGCAUCCUGCCCGGCAGGUAGAAGAUGCCGUGCAGCGAGGUGUUGGGAAUAGCGCACACCAUGGACGCGGCCCACACCAUGGAAAUGACCCUCUUGGAGUGCCGCUUGGUGGUGAGGUAGCGGGUCUUGAGUGGAUGCACCACAGCGAUGUACCUCUCCACGCUUAGAGCCGUGACAUUUAGGAUGGAGGCAAAGCACACCGUCUCGAAGAUGAAGGUCUUGAAGUAGCAGCCGCCCUCACCGAAGGGGAACGGGUAGUUCUGCCACAGGUCAUAGAUCUCCAACGGCAUCCCGAAGGCUAGCAUGAGCAGGUCGGACAUGGCCAGGCUGACCAAGUAGAGGUUGGUGGGGUUGCGCAUCUUCUUGUGCUUGGCCACGACUGCACAGGUGAGCAGAUUGCCACUCACGCCAAUCAGGAAGAUGAGGAGGUAAACGCUGAAGACUGGGAAGAAGAAGGGAGAGCGUUUGGGUCCCAGGAUGUCAGAGAGGUUGAUUUCAGCGUUGAGGUCAGUGGUGUUGCUGGGGGGUACACUGGUGUUGUUGAGCGCUUUGGAGAUGUUUGAUGAGCAGCCUUGACAAAAGGGCUCCAUGUUACGGCAGGAGGAAGCACUGGACAUCAAUUUGUCAGCCAAGUAAACCUCCUGUGAACACAAAAAUCAUCCAACAUCACUUUGACAUGCUGUAGACUAACAUACCAUUCAUGCUCUAAUUACAGCCGGGGUGUUCAUUUGCCUAAAAAAGGAAGACGGGUGUUAAUUGGAGCAGUUGAUAAUUGGAGAGAGGCCGUUUUUUUCCCAAAUUUAAAAACACACUACAUAUAACAAGUUAGCUUUUUUUUUUUACUUUAACAACGAUAUUUAUAAUUUCAACUACUUUCAACUCACAGUCAGGAGGUGGUGGGUUCAUAUCUCAGUUGGAACAUUUCUGUGUGGAGUUUGCAUGUUCUCCCCGUGCCUGCGUGGGUUCUCUCCGGGUACUCCGGCUUCCUCCAACAUUCCAAAAAUAUACAUACAUACAUACUUGCAUACUGUACAUAAAUAACAUACAUGAAAUAUAGGUUAAUUGGAGACACUAAAUUGUCCAUAGGUGUGAAUGUGAGUGUGAAUGGUUGUUUGUCUCUAUGUGCCCUGCUGCCAAUUGGCUGCAUGGCAACCAGUCCAGGGUGUAACGCACCUGUCGCCCAAAGACAGAAAUAGGCUCCAGAAUACCCACAACCCUAGGGAGGACAUGCGGUAUAGAAAAUGGAUGGAUGGGAUGGAUAUUUUUAACUGCUCCGCCAGCAUUAAUACUGCUGAUGAGUAGCCAUGCCAACAUUUUAAAGUGCAUGAAGAGGUAGAUAAAGCUUCUAGAAGCUGACCACUUACGAUGCUUCAGAUGCAGCUGUACUGCAAAAAAGCCACACGAGAAUCAAAUAGAGCAAUGGCGAGUUCGGAGUGGUCUGUCGAGUUAAAACCGGCAUUUUCAGGAUGUAAGUACAGGCACUAUUUCAUUUUAAUGUAAAGGUCAAGAACAUACAGUAUGUGUGAAGUGUAUGUUACGUCCCAGAGCAAAGGGUUUGUCUACGUCCAUUGUAUCAUGAAACCUGUAUCAUCGGCACCUGCCACUACUUUAUGCAACUGGCCGCUGGAAAAUCUGAAUUAUUUUACAUAUUUGAAGGUUUUUCAAAAAAAGUAACUCAAUCAUCCCAACAUGUGCAAUACCAUUCCUUGGUAACUAAUUACAUUUGUGGAGGAAUAAUUCUGUUACUAAAGAAUUACUUUUUGGGGAAAGUAACUAGUAACAAUCAUUAAUUACUUUCUUAAAGUAAUUUGCCCAACACGGCACGUCUUUUAGACAUUUUACAUUUUGUGACAGUUUUUUUCCUUUAUACACUCCUGAUCAAAAUCUUAAAACCAGUUGACAAAUUUCUAGAAUUAGCAUUUUGCACAUUUGGAUCUUAGUGAGGUUGUAAGUAGAGCUACAAUAUGCAAAAAAUAGAAGGGGGAGUGGGAUAAAAAGCAUUUUGAAAAAGUAAUUUAUUGAAAACGACAAUUAAACUGAAAUAGGCUGUUUAUCAGCUGAUCAAAAGUUUAAGAGCAUCGCUCAAAAAAUAACAAAAAACUCUCCAAACCAAAACAAAAAGUGUUCUCAGUAGGACUCAGUAAUGAGUAGCUCCGCCGUUCUCGUUAAUCACUUCAAAAAUUGGUUUAGGCCUGCUUGAUGCGAGUGUUUCCAGGAGGCUAGUGGGAACAUUGCUCCAAGUGGUGAAGAUGGCUUCACGAAGGGCAUCAACUGUCUGGAACUGAACGGCCAUUUUUAUAAACUUCCCUUGCCAUCCAUCCCCAAAUGUUCUCUAUGGGAUUUAAAUCAGGGGAGCAUGCAGGAUGGUCCAAAGCAUCCGUCGUUUGACGACCCUGCGCCACCUGAAGCUCCAGUGUGCCACUGAAUGAAAAAGCACCCCAGAUCAUGAUGGACCCCCCCCCCCCCCCCCCCCCUCCACUGUGCCGGGUAGAAAACAUCUCAGGUGGGAUCUCCUUGUCAUGCCAGUAAUGUUGGAAGCCAUCUUGACCGUCAAGGUUACAUUUUUUCUCAUCAGAGAAUAAAACUUUUUUCCACCUUUCAAUGUCCCAUGUUUGAUGCUCCCUGGCAAAGUCUAAACGGGCAGUUUUGUGGCGUUGAAGGAGACAAGGUCUUGGAAUUUGUUUUUGUUUUUUAAACCCUUUUCCCGCAGAUGCCAUCUGAUGGUUAUUGUGCUACAGUCGGCACCAGUAAGGGCCUUAAUUUGGGUGGAAGACCGCCCUGUUUCUUGAUGGACAGCGCGGCUCAGCGCAGGUGUGAUUUUUUUGGGGUCUGCCACUGGACUUUUUUGUUCCAUAAUGCUCAGGAUCUUUCAAAAAACUUAGAAUGACUGUCUUACUCCGCCCAACCUCAGCAGCAAUGGCACACUGCGAGAGGUCUUGCUUAUGCAGCUCGACAAUCCGACCACGUGCAAAAAGAGAAAGCUUCUUAGCUUCAGCCAUCAGGAGGGCAUGACAGUGUGAAUGCCUGACAGAAAAUGAAAAUACUGAGCAGAUUUUGGCUUUUGUAGCCUGUGAUCAGGAGUGUAUUGUGCAAAAGCAAACAUUAGCUAAUUCAGGUGUCCUUGCUUACAUGAUUUCCAAAUGGUUCGCUGCUGCUGAGAAAGGGAGCAUCAUGGGUAGCAAAAAAGGGAAAAUAGUACACUUAAUAUAUUUAAAAGACAAAGAAAAAGCGGAGAGAGCAUGCAUGGUUGGAAAUCCAAGUGAAGAACUACGCCCUACGCCACGUCUUACUGCACUGUACUCCAGCAGUUUAAAGGGAUAGUUCGGAUUUUUUGACAUGAGGUUGUAUGACAUCCCCAUCAGCAUUGUGGUUGAUUAACAGCGAAUUACCCCCCACUGGGUCUCCUAAGUCCAGUUCUGGUCAGAUUUCAGUGAUGAAGAACGUAGUUACGCUUAGUUGCUGGUGACAAUUAAGCAAAGAGUUUGGCUUCCCAAAACAAUAUGCGUUCAAAAGAGUAAUACAUGAAUGAAUUAUCAGUAAUAGAAGGGGUGUAUGAUUAUGUAAACUCUGCUUCUUCCGACUCCUUUUCAGACAUGUUGAACUGGGCAAAUAUAACCACUUGAUGUUCCUUAAUGUAACUUGUUAACCAUGUCUGAAGUGGGUACCAUACCAAAAUAUGACUGUUAAUAAUGGUUUAUCAUGAAUGGCAGGAACAGAUCAAUUCCCAUUCCAUUUUUUCCUAAGGGGAAAACUAACAAAGCAGCAUUACAUGUUCAGCAUUGGAGGUUCUACAAAUCUCUGACCCUAUGUUCUACACGCGAACAUGAUCUUGUUGGUGGAAAACACAGGUAUUCAUUGAACAAACAAGUAAUUACUGGCCCCAUCUCUUUUCCAUCUGGAGAAAUCAACAAGUGCAGAGCGUGCGCUUUUCCUAAGCUUGGAAAAUCAAUCAUCGCUGCGACAGCUGCUGACAGAAAUGAAAGCUACUUUUUUAUGGUCGCUCAUGUUGGAGAAAAACAAACAAUUUAGACAGGUUUAACAACAAACACACAAUUUGUCGGACUCUGGACGGUUACAUUCUCCUUGUGAAGGUGCCUUUCACCGCAUCACUAACUGCAUCAACUUGGGGAUCAUUUCAAUUAGACACACUGUUAAAUGCUCAUCACUCCUUCCUGUGAGGUUAAUUAUCCCACCAUAUCGCCUGCAAAUUCAAGGUCAUGGGCUGAUUGGUAGCCACGACACUCUGAAUGUGAAACUGAACAUCAACGCUCAUAUUUACGGAUUUUUCCACGGGGAAUUAGAAUACAGUUAUGGGAGGAAGUUGUGACUGCCUUUACUACACAUUGUAAUUUUCUUAUUCAUUAAGAGUUUUUCAGUCGCUGGCAAUGAAAGAAACCACAACAUGUGGAUAAAAAAUAAGUUUGACAAGAUUCAUUAAAUAAAAAGACUCACCUUGAUGCCACCGAUUCUUCCUUUAACAAGCUCGCAUGCAAACAUGCAACAUGUCACAAUGCACGAGUCCUGGGAGGCUGCAGAAAUGUGGAUUCAGGCAAGGCAGAGGAGGAUGGAUGCCAAGCAGACUGCAGCCACAUCCCCUCCUACAAUGGGCCAUGGAGUGAGAGAGUCAGAGAUGGUGGGUGGGUGGGAUUAGCUGCAGGUAUCCGCACAGAUGAAUAAAAUAAGGCUUUCAUUCAGUCAGCAAGAAUAGGGAAAAAAACGGGGCAGCGUGGUUUAAACUACUGUACAAUGGUAUUUUUCAUAACUUACAUGCACACUAUUAAUGUUUUUAAUAUUGUACCAUUUUUUAGAAUUUAGAAGUCCCAUAAUAGUGAAUUAGCCUUGAUGCUAUCUGUAGCUUUGUACACACCUGCACGAUUGUGCACACAAAUGUUAGCAACACUAGCAUUGCUAUGUAAGUUACAGUGCUAACAUUACACUCACAUAAUAAUAGAAACAUGAUGAUCAAACAAUGACUGGUGAAUACUUGGCAGACGUCUUGGUGUCAUUUCAAGAUGUGGAACAAAGCCUACUUUUUUACAAAGCUGACAGGGCAGAGAUACCAUGUCCAUGAGGAAGGUUUUUCCUGCAUGAAGUGAUGAAAAGCUGCAAAUUCAAACGUGACUGGCUGAGCGUGUCUUCUGACUUAUUUUAACUUGUGUAGCGAAGCCUGCUUUUGACCUGCGCCAAGCGCAACGCACAGUGCAAGAGCAACGCGGAGGUUAUGUUUUUUGGGGGGGAUUAUCUGUUUGUUUGUGGUCAAAAUAACUUGAAAUGUUCUGAAUGGAUUUGGAUGAAAUUUUCAGGAAUUGGCGAAAAUUAAAAUUUUGGGAUUAGGAUGUUGUGAUUAAUUGUAUCGAAAACUUUUGUCAGAUCCGUAAAUCCGUCUACAGUGUUGGUAAUUUCCUUGGUAAUUCAGAUCAGUGCCGUGGAAGUUGAAAUGUUAGCUGUGUAUCCGUAUUGGCUGUCCGCAAAUUAUUUAUAAUUUUGGAAAGUUGUGGUAAUGACGAAACUGAGCGAUAGUUUGUAAAUCCAUGUUUGUCUCCAUUUUUGAAAAUUGGAAUGACUUUAGCUGUUUUCAUUUUUUUGGGGAAAUAUACCGGUCUGAAAUGAUAAGUUACUGAUGUACGUUAGUGGUUCUGCGACUGGUUGAUUACCUUUUUUUUUUUUUUUU